GCGGGCGCACGGCGCGGCAGCGCGGAGGCCGCGGCGGCAGAGAGCAUGAACAGGAUCCGCAUUCACGUGUUACCGACCAGCCGGGGCCGCCUGACCCCGGUGCCGCGGCCUCAGGAGCCCCUGGCCUGCUCCUUCAGCCCCCGGCCCUGCUCCCAGCCCCGCCUGGAGGGGCAGGAAUUCUGCAUCAAGCACAUCCUCGAGGACAGGAAUGCUCCCUUCAAACAGUGCAGCUACGUGUCCACCAAGAACGGGAAGCGUUGUCCCAAUGCUGCUCCCAAACCUGAGAAGAAGGAUGGCACCUCGUUCUGCGCGGAGCAUGCCCGGCGCAACGCGCUGGCACUGCAGGCUCAGGUGAAGAAAUCCAACCCCGGGCCCGUGGGUGAGACCCUGCUGUGCCAGCUGAGCUCCUAUGCCCGGGCAGAGCUGGGCAGCCAGAGCGCCGAGAGCAGCCGCAGCGAGGCCAGCCGCAUCCUGGACGAGGACAGCUGGAGUGACUGUGAGCAGGACCCUGUCACUGUGGAGCAGACGUGGCGUGGGGACCCUGACAGUGAAGCUGACAGCAUUGACAGCGACCAGGAGGAUCCCCUCAAGCAUGCUGGUGUGUACACAGCCGAGGAGGUGGCUCUGAUCAUGAGGGAGAAGCUGAUCCGCCUCCAGUCCCUCUACAUUGACCAGUUCAAGCGUCUCCAGCACCUCCUGAAGGAGAAGAAACGACGGUUCCUGCACAGCAGGAAGGCAGAGCACGAGGCCAUCGGCAGCAGCCUCCUGACAGGGCCAGAGGGGCUGAUGGCCAAGGAGAGGGAGAACCUGAAGAGGCUCAAGUGCCUGCGGCGUUACCGGCAGCGCUACGGGGUGGAGGCUCUGCUGCACCGGCAGCUCCGCGAGCGCCGCAUCCUGGCCACCGAUGGCGUGGCCCAGCAGGCUCACACCACCCGCUCCAGCCAGCGCUGCUUGGCCUUUGUGGACGAUGUCAGAUGCUCCAACCCCUCCCUGCCACUGACCAGGCACUGCCUCACACAUAUCUGCCAGGACACCAACCAGAGCCUUUUCAAGCCUUGCCAGGGCUCUGAGGAGGUUCCCUGCAACAAGCCCGUGCCCGUGAGCCUGUCGGAGGAGCCCUGCUGCCCCCUGCACCUGCGGCUGCCCCCCCAGAUGUACGUGCCCGAGCAGGGGCUGGCAGUGCCCCAGGAGCUGGGGGCAGCGCCCUCAGAGCUGUACCUGAGUGCAGCUGAGCUGCAGCCCACCGAGAGCCUGCCCCUGGAGUUCAGUGAUGACCUGGACGUGGUGGGUGAUGGGAUGCAGUGCCCACCUUCCCCUCUGCUCUUUGACCCUUCUGUGAGCCUGGAUCCAGCCCUGAGGGACAUGGCCGAGGCUCCCAUCGACAUCCUGGCCCUGGAGGAGCCUGACAGGGGCAGCUCCUGCUCCCCCCUCAUCCCUGCAGCCCAGGGGCCUGCCCAGCCCCAGCAGGAGCAGCAGCCACAGGGAACGGCCUCGACCAGCCCAGCCCGAGGAGCCAACGGGAGCCUGGAGCCUGGAGCUGUGGGCUGA